AUAUUUAAAUUUAAAUGUCAUCAUCAAACACCGAUGGGAAAUAAUAUUAUAUUCACUCAAGAUGGUGGGGUUGAAGAAUAUAUCAAUUCUUUUUCUAUUAAUCUUGAAUCAUCCAAGGAAAAAAUAUUAGCAAAAUAUGAUAAAAAUUAUUUAAAUAAACGUUCACAAGUACCGAAUUCAUUCAUAUUAUACAGAAGUGAAAUUUCUAGUAUGCUUAAAAAAAAAGAUAUUAAACAACAAGAUUUGAUUUCAGGGUUUAUUGCAAAAAGAUGGAGAAAUGAAGAUGAAACAGUUCGAAAAUGGUUCGAGAAUAUAUCAAAUAGUUUAAACUAA